GUAUGAGCCAAUGAGAGGCUGUAUAAGUGACAGGACGAGUCCAAGUAGCGGUUUACCCCCCUGACAUAUUCCCUUCCAGUCUCUCCGAGUUCACGGAGGAGGAUAUCCGUUUUAGGACACGCCCCCCAGCGUCCGGGGAUGUGAUUCCCGCUCGGACUGUGGCGCAAACACAUCGGGGUUUCCCUGGGCUCUGCCCCUCCUUGAGGUGAUGUCUCGGGCCCGGAGAGUGACUGGCAGAGCGGCUCAGGUGCGGGAGUGUGGCCGGGGGACACCGUGUGUGUAUUAUAUAUGUAUAUAUGUGUAUGUAUAAACAAUGACAAAGAAAAAGAGGAAAAAGAUUCAGAGGACCGAAACCAGAGGCUGCACCAGGAGGAGGCAGAAGGUUUAGCACUUAAACUGAGUCAGCGCCUCUCUGACUCUGAGAAUGAAGAACCAGUCCCAGACCGGAUCCCUCACCGAUCAGCCUUUGUUUCCAAGAGCAGCGCCAACUCCCUGACCUCGUUGGCCUGGGGCCGGCACAGUAAGGUGGAGAGGAGCCAGAGUUGCACUGAUACAGUGAAUGAGAGUUACCCGCUGGGCAGGAGGAGGGUACGUCCUCCAAAAUCCAAGGUGUGCUUUGGAGGGUGCCUUCAUUCAGCCGUUGUUGGAGUCCUGUUGUCUACAGAGAACAGCCGAUCAUUCUCGGCCCCUGUUCUGACAGCGGAAAAACGACUGUCCCUAAACCCUCUGACCUCCUUUGUGCCGCUGCAUAAGUCCGAUCGAUCCAUCAGCCCCGAGAGCAACGACAGCAUUUCCGAGGAGCUCAAUCACUUCAAGCCAAUCGUGUGCUCUCCUUGCACCCCUCCCAAGAGACUGGCCAACGGCAGAAUCCUAAGCCCCGUCAUCAUCAAGUCGACACCCAGAAACCUAAGGAAAAGCCUCCAGAAGCCCACAACCUACGAGGCCAGCCCCAUGAUCCUGAAAAAGUGGGAGCAAGUCUGUCAUGACCGGCAGAUGAAAAGGACCCUCUCCAAAGGGACGCUGACCUCUUCUGCUGAACCUGAUGAAGAUUCUUCCUCCCAAAUCAACCACGUGCCGUCCAGCAGGGAACUGUCCCCUUGCAAGAACAGUCGCAGUGGCAAACGCAACACUUUACUGGGGGAUCUGGAACUUGUACCCUCUUCUAGCAAAAGUGUUCAUCUGGCAAUGAGUAAUGAAGGAAAGAAUCUAGUUUUGCCAAGCGAGCACCUUGUGGGCACUGGGCCAAGUGGGGCUACAGACUUUACUGACCUCAAUUCCAAUUCGCAUACAGGCUCCAAAUCCGUGAAAGGAAAGACUCUGCCUCAUUCCAAGUGUCUUCAGGGAACAUCACUUAAAUCAGCAAUGAAACACCCUCACAGAACCAGCGCCCAACCAGUGAAUAUGCAAAAUGGAGCUGCCGAGAACAUCAGCCCCCAGCUUCCCCAACGUAGAGGCCAGAAGAAGAGAUGUAAAAGCAAGCACUUGGAACAGAAUGGCUCUGUUAAGAGGUUCAAGGUCACACGUGGGGACAGAUGUGUUCAGGGGUUGGACCUGCGGGGGAAAGACCCAGAACAGAGACUGACCCAGGAGGAGGAGGACAAAACGCUGGCGCUUAAACUCCAACUGACCAGCCACAAAGAAACACGGGUGGUAAACCGACGCAAGGGGAGCCGGGACGAAUACCCCUUACGUUCCAAAAGCACGGCCGCCGCAAAUUAGCACUUCAUUAUUUUUGCAUUUUCUAGUAGGAUCCAAUCUUUAAAGGAUAAGUAUACCUUUAAAAUAAGUGAAUGUAAAACUGAUGAGGGGACUAUUCUAAGAACUUU